UCAGGGAGCAUGAAGCACAGCGAUCGCUGCGGAUCACAGAAAGAGCCGAAGAUGUCGGCUCGGUCAUGUGAUCAGCUGUGUCCAAUCACAGCUGAUCACAUGGAACAUGUGCACUGAUCAUCAGGGCACUGAUGAUCAGUGUGCCCUGAUGAUCAGUGUGGCCCCAGAAGUGCCACCUGUCAGUGUCCAUCAGUGCCAGCAGUCCGUGCCCAUCAGUGCCACAUGCCAGUGCCCAUCUGAGCUGCCUUUCAAUGUCACCCAUCAGUGCCACCUAUCAAUGCUGCCAAUCAGUGCCACCUAUCAGUGCUGCCAAUCAGUGCCAGUCAGUGUCGCCUAUCAGUGCGCAUCAGUGCCGCCUAUCAGUGCUAGUCAGUGCCGCCUAACAGUGCCAGCCAGU